AUGGCAAUGGUGGACGCCGAGGCUCCCUUUCUCGAGGCCAGGGAGGAGCCGCUGGCCGGCGUCUCCGACUUCCGCGGCCGCCCCGUCUACCACGCCACCUCAGGCGGGUGGCGCUCCGCCAUCUUCGUCGCCGUGGUGGAGGGCGCCGGCAGCUUCGCCUACUAUGGCGUGUCGGCUAAUCUGAUCACGUACUUGACGGGGCCGCUCGGCCACUCCAACGCUGCGGCAGCUGCGGCUGUGAACGUCUGGACGGGGACGGCCAGGCUCUUGCCACUGUUAGGCGCCUUUGUCGCCGACUCCUGGCUAGGCCGCUACCGCUCCAUCAUCCUCGCCUGCACCCUCUACGUCCUGGGUUACGGCAUGAUCACUCUAGCAUCCACGCUCCUUGCUCAGCAACCGUCACUAACCCUGGACAAUGACUCCUCUUCGCAUCCUUUGUCGUUGCAAGUGGCCUUCUUCUACGCCUCCCUCUAUCUCAUCGCCUUCGCACAGGGUGCUGACAAGCCUUGUGGCCUUUCCUUUACCGCCGAUCAAUUUGACCCUGACCACCCUAGCGAAUGCGCAGCCCGCAGCUCCUUUUUCAAUUGGUGGCACUUUUCCAUAGCCGUUGGUAUAGGUAUCGCCGUUAAUGUCGUAAGCUAUAUCCAAGAGAAUUUUGGUUGGGGAAUUGGUUUUGGCAUGCUAUGCACUGUAAUGAUUUGCGCCUUCGUCGUGUUCCUCCUUGGCAUUCCUACCUACCGCCUCCACAUGUCCAUCACUGGCUGCGGUAGCCCCUUUGCCCGUCUCGGCCGUAGUUUCAUUACUCUUGCCAAGAACUCAAGCUUCUUCUUCCGCACUAAAAGACACCAAAAUGAAGAUGAAGAUGUCACAAGCAACUUGGAGGAGGCACGUGGCAUGCUAAGGCUAUUGCCAAUCUGGGUUGCAUGCCUAGCAUUUGGCGUGGUGUUCGCGCAAAUAACUACACUCUUUAACAAGCAGGGCUGUACCCUUGAUCGUCGUAUCUUUGGCGGCCUAGAGGUACCAUCAGCCACGUUGCAAACGUUCUGGCCAGCAGCCGUCCUAUUGUUCGUGCCUCUCUACGACCGUGUUCUAGUGCCGGCAUUGCGUUGCGUGACAGGCAUCCCAUCAGGACUGACGCUGCUGCAGCGAAUAGGCACGGGCAUGGCUGUGUCGCUAGCCGCCAUGUGUGUGGCGGCGUUGGUGGAGGCUCGGAGGCUAGAGAUGGCGCGGCAACACGAACUGGUUGACGAUGGUGGUGCGACAGUGCCGAUGAGCUGGGCAUGGCUAGUGCCACAGUACAUGAUGGUCGGGGUGGCGGAUGUGUUCGUGAUAGUUGGGAUGCAGGAGUUCUUCUAUGACCAGAUGCCUAAAGAGCUUCGUAGCCUUGGGAUAGCGCUCUACUGCAGUGUGAUUGGCGUUGGCGGCUUCAUAAGUGGCGCUCUCAUUUCACUCAUUGACCGCAUCACCCGUAGCGAUGGCGGCGACAGCUGGUUUUCUGAUAAUCUCAAUCGCGCCCACCUCGACUACUUCUACUGGGUGCUCGCCGGCCUCAGCGCCACCGAGCUUGUGCUCUACAUCUAUUUCGCUAGAUCCUACGUCUACAAGGACAAAAGAGACCGUGCAGAGUGA